UCAGUGAAGACGUGUGCUAAGCGUAAAUAUAAAUAUUCCAAACAGGAAAUCAAUAAAUUGACAUCUCGAAUAAAAUGGGCUGUGUUACAAGUGCAGAUAAAUCACCGAACAGUAGUUCAUAUCACCCAGAGGGAUGCUUCGGCAAGAAAUCCUGGAUCAAUAGAGCGAAGCAAAACUACAAAGUAAACUCAGUGGAGCUGCCGCCAACACCAAACAAACGACCCAUUAGUCGUUCGAAAUCCAGCUUACCAGUGGCAACAAGGACAACAGAGAUCCUGUCCAUAUGUGAUGACUUCCAAGAGGGUUGCGACGACGAAAAGAGCUAUGGAUAUUUUUCAGAAUCAAUAUCCACAUCCAACACAUCGUCCUUAAGCUUCAACCCAAACGAGUGUGAUUUGAAAAUGGAAAUGUACAUGAUGACCAAAAUCAGCAGAGUAAUGCCAAAGACCUCAUCGCCCAUUUUGCCCACAAAGUAUCCAUCCAGGCAUUCUCCUUCAUCACCAUCAUCAUCGUCCUCAUCCACAUCUGAAUCCGCAUUGAAUUCGGCAACAAAUGCACAAGAAAUUGUAGACCAGAAGCGUUCGUACAACAAAUGGAAACGACAUCUACAAAAUACUCCAGCAUAUGUGCUCAACGAUGUUACAAGAAUUCCCGAAGCCAUAGCUGGCCAAUUCAGUCCAGAAGAUUUUCCAGCAUACACAGAUGUCAGGAAAUGUCAAAGGGCCAACAUUCAAAAUAGGCUUUCAUUGGAAACUUAUAUUAUUUAAAAAUGUUUUGUGGGAUUGAGUGAAAGGUUCGUUUUUAAAUUGCUUCAAAAGUCUCUGAGAUCCUGUAAAAUAUUCUUGUAAAUCAUGUACA